UUGGGGCAAAGAAAUAGGGCUUCUGUGUUGUGGGUUGUGUGUGGAAACUGGAAAUGUUUUAUUUAUUCUCUAUUUCUCACCUAUCUGACUCGUCGUCAUCAGUAGUUUAGGACGAUUUUUACCAUUUGUCCUAUAAGAAGGAGACUUCUAACGGUAAGGGGGCUGCUGUAUGAGCAGCAUUGGCAUGGAGGUAUAAUUGCCAGUCUGCAAAACGUGGCAGCCAGCAUAAUUGAUGGCCAAGCUGCUGAUCAGGGGCAUUUUAGCCAGCCGUGAUGGCGUCGUCGCGCGGCCUGCCCACCUGGCAGCGGUCGUGCGCCGGCGGCCGCCGCCAGCGCUGGCCGGCGCGGCACUACUUUGCGCUGGCAGCGCUGACGCUGAUCGCGCUGGCGGUGCUGGAGCUGGCGCUGCUGGUGCGGGGGCUGCUGCAGCCGGCCGCGCCGGCCGCCCUGCAGCUGACCGCAGACACCCUGAGCGCGGCCCCCCUGGUGCGUCUCACCGCCUCCGACCCGCCGCCGGCGGCCGGCCAGGCCAACUGCUCCCACUUCACCUGUCUGAACGUGUACCGCUGCGGCGGGCCGCACCGGCGCCGCGUGGCCGUGUACGUGUACCCGUACGCCCGGUACGCCGGGGAGACCCGCCACAGCGAGCUGGCGCCCCUCUCCCGCGAGUACUACGACAUGCUGCGCGCGGUGCGGGAGAGCGAGUUCUUCACAGAGGACCCGGAGGAGGCGUGCCUGCUGCUGCCGGCCGUCGACACGCUCUCCAACAGGAUCAGUGAGGAGCUGACGGUCAGAGCGCUGGCCUCGCUGCCGCACUGGAAUGACGGCGAGAAUCACCUGGUAUUUAGCGUAUGGCCGGCCUCUGGCCAGGAGAGGCUGGGACGGGCUCUGCUGGCCGGCGCCGGGCUCUCCAGUCUGGUCCACCGACACAAGUAUGACGUAUCGCUACCGACACCCAGCGAGCGAGAGGAUGAGCCGGACGACGCGCGCACACCGGCUCCGGAGAGACCGCGCCGGUACCUGCUGGUAUCAGCCCAGCCAGAUCUGCACGCCGAGUACCGUCGAUCGCUGCGCUCCCUGGCCGCAGCGGACGUCUCCGGGCGAACCCUGGUACUGGAGAGGUGUGCGGAGGAGACGGACCAACUGUGUGACGGAGAGGGACGGCAGCACCAAUACUGGGAGACGAUGCAGUCCGCAGAGUUCUGUAUCCUGCUCCGCCGCGCGCAGCUGGGCCCGCCGGAGCUGUUGGACGCGCUGCGGGUCGGCUGUGUGCCCGUGGUGGCGGCCGAUCUGUACGUACUCCCCUUCUCCGAGGUCAUAGACUGGACCCGGGUCGGGCUGCACGUCUACGAACAGGACCUGACCGAGCUGGCCGGCAUUAUCAAAGAGAUCUCACCGCAGCGGCGUGCGGAGAUGCGCGCCCAGGCCCGCUGGGUGUACGAACAGUACUUCAGCUCCUUCGGACAGAUGGCGCUCACUACACUGCAGAUCGUCAACGACCGGAUCCUGGCGCACGCGGCGCGGUCCUACGAGCAGUGGAACGACCCGCCACACCUGGUGUCGCCAGGGUACCCGCUGACGGUUCCGUACACCUCGCCACGAAUGCAGGGAUUCACAGCGGUGAUUUUAACGUAUGACCGACUGGACAGCCUGUACCAGAUCAUAGAGAAGGUGGCGCUGGCGCCCUCUCUCACCAAGGUUCUGGUCGUGUGGAACAACCAGAAAAAGGAACCGCCGCCGGCGUCUCUAUGGCCGACCAUCACCAAGCCUCUGAAGGUGAUCCGGACGGCGGCCAACCGGCUCAGUAACCGCUUCUACCCGUACGCCGAGAUCGAGACCGAGUGCGUGCUGGCGCUGGACGACGACAUCACUAUGCUGACCGUGGACGAGCUCGAGUUCGGCUACCAGGUGUGGCGCGAGUACCCGGACCGGAUCGUGGGCUUUCCGUCCCGGAACCACGUGUGGAACAACGUCACCGGCCGUUGGGGGUACGACUCCGAGUGGACCAGCGAGCUCUCCAUGGUGCUCACCGGCGCAGCGUUCUACCACAAGUACUGGAACUACCGGUACACGAGUUCGCUGCCGGUGGGUGUCAAAGACUGGGUGGACGACAACAUGAACUGUGAGGACAUCGCCAUGAACUUCCUGGUGGCCAACAUCACCGGAAAGGCGCCCAUCAAGGUGGCUGCCCGUAAGAAGUUCAAGUGCACCUCUGCCGACUGCAGCGGCGGCGACCUGUCGGCCAACCAGAGCCACUUCAUCGAGCGCUCCGUCUGCAUCCAGCAGUUUGUGUCCGCGUUCGGCGGAAUGCCGCUCCGUUCCGCGCAGUUCCGCGCGGACCCCGUACUCUACAGGGAUGACUUCCCGGCCAAACUCAAACGCUACAACGACGUGGGAAGUCUGUGAGCCGUGAGCGUGCUACAGGGAAUGCUGGAGAUUAGCGCAUAGUCCGCAGCGAAGCCCGGAGAAGUAAGGCACUAGCGCGGCACCAGGCUGGGUUGAGAGUUGGAUAGGUAGGGCUGUACUGUUAUCACAUGACCGUUUUAUGAGAUGUUACUUGUGUGUGUUAAUAGUUCUGAAGUGGGUGUGACGAUCUUUGAAAACGUGUGUGCUAAGUUAAUUGAGUGAUAUUUUGACGACCGGCUUCCAGCGGAAAAAGCGUCUGCUUCUUUGCCCUGUAUAUACCCAGUAGGAUCCCUGUGAUCGCUGUGAUCGUGGGAGCCUAGUGGCAGAUCUCGACGACAGUUGCUGUUUGUAUGGAAUCACUGCAGUCCGGACGCAAUUAAAACCACCUAUGUGUGUGGGCUAAGCCAGAUUCGCAAUCGUGGUCGUGCUUUUGGAUGGGCGUUGUAUCAACGUAUCUGAUAACUGGAGAUCGCGACUCAAAGGUUGGAGUUUGUAGAAGAGUUUUGCUAACAACUGACCUGUUGCGUGCGUCGACUAGAGUCAACAUGAGCUUAUGAUUGUUUUAUAUCGCCUAUUGAUGUUUUAUAAUUGGUCGGCGUUUUAUCAGCACCGUGCGCCAUUCUCUGUUGAUGUGGCGCCAUAACCCUCUGUGAUGUAAACUUGACAUUGAAAUAUAAUGAGUAAUAUUA